GCAAAAACAGCUUGGCACGCCCUGCAAGCUCUUGAGAUCGAUAACACUCGAGUGCUGCCUUCCAGACAAUGCUGCUCGCACGCACGGCACGCCUGCUGCAACAUUCGACGCGAACAGCCGCAUGUCUGCAGCGUCUGCAGCGGCGACCGCCCGUCGUCACCACGGUGCAGCGCAGUUUUGCAAAAAAGAAAAAAAAAGGGAAAGGCAAACAACCCGUGGAGGCGGCGCCCGCGACGGAUGACGCUGUGGACAUCUUCGCCGAGCUGUUCGACGCGCCCCUGAUAGCGGGCCUCGACAAGACAAUAACGCAGCUCGAGACAACUCUGAAAACCAUGCGCGGCGGCGACGUCAACGCGGAGCUCUUCGACGCGUGCGCGGUCGAGGCCUACGGCGACCGCCAGCCGCUCGCCACGGUCGCGCACGUCGCCGUCGCGUCGCCCACGUUGGUGCGCAUCUCGUGCUUCGACCCGCAGCUCGCGCCAGCCGUCGCCAAGGCCGUGGCCGACAUCGAGGGCCUCAGCCUGAACCCGAACGUGUCCGGCGGCGACGUCGUCGUGCCGAUCCCGCGGCCGUCGAAGGAGCAGCGCGGCGCGCUGGCCAAGGCCGCCGGGGCCGCCGCCGAGGAGGCGAAGAAGCGCGCGCGGAAUCAUAGGAGGGACGCGCACGACCGGCUGAAGAAGGCGAGCGGAGGCGUCUCCGAGGACGACGUCCGCGCGAAGAAGAGCGCGAUCGACGAGAUGGUCGACGAGGCCUCGAAAAAAAUUACGAAACUGGCCGACGAGAAGAAGAAGGCCAUCGAGACGCGCCAGGACUAACU